AUGGUGUACUGUGAAAUGAAUGAGGCAGAUGGGGGCUGGACCGUGAUCCAGAGGAACCGGCAGGGCACGGAUAUCACCUGGGCCGAGUCCUGGAGCACCUACAAGCAUGGCUUUGGGAAUGUGCACACUGAGUACUGGCUGGGCACUGAGUAUAUCCACCAGAUCACCAGGCAGAAAGUCUACCAGGUCAGGUUUAUCAUAUGGGAUGCUGCAAACAACAAAAGGUUUGCAGACUACAACCUGUUCAGCCUGGAUGAUGAGUCCCAGGGCUACAGGCUGAGGCUGGGAGCGCACUCAGGGACAGCAGAGGAUGCCAUGGAUUCAGAUAAUCCUAGGAAAGUGCACAACAACAUGAAGUUCUCCACAAAGGAUCGGGACCAGGACACUUACAGAGGGAACUGUGCCUCCCGCUAUGGGGGUGGGUGGUGGUACUCAGCGUGUUACUCCGUGCGGCUCAAUGUCAAGGGAGCCAUCACAUGGGGCAGGCUGUGCAAGGGGAACUGCAGAGCCUCAGCCAUCCUCAUCAAACCUGCUCCAUACCACUAG